AUGUCCGACUUGUACGAUCUGCUAGCACCAUAUUUCGAUGACCAUGACCCCUCCUCGGGAACAAACCCAACCACUCGCGAUGCACAAACAACAACCUACCUAAACCGCCUAAGCACCCUCUCCCUGGGCAACCUCACGACAACCGAGCCAGCCUCCCUCCUCCAUGCCGCGCAGUCACAUCUACGUAACCUCCAGGCUCUCUCGAAACGCUCCCACAAAGCAGUAAUAGCAUCAUCCUCGCAUCUCUCGAACCUCACUUCCCUCCUUCCAUCCCUUGGAAGCGAAGCCUACGAGCUCAAGGAUGCCGUACCACAACUAGAGUCCGCAGCGGUAGACUUUGCGCGGAAGUACGACCGGAGUACGGAGAACGAGGUCCUAGACAGGCGGAAGAGGGCGAUGCUGCUGAGUCGGAAUGUGGACAGGGUGUCAGAUGUGCUUGAGCUACCGUCUUUGCUUUCGUCAACCAUACAGGCUGCGCAGGCACCUAGCAGUAGCUCUGCCGCAAGCUCGACGACUUCUUAUGCUUCUGCGCUGGAUCUGCAUGCUCAUAUCAAGCGGCUGAGCUCGUUGUAUCCACAAUCUGGGCUCGUGGCCGGCAUUUCGCAGCAGGCGGAUGCUGAGAUACAGAAUCUGACGACUAUUCUGAUCACAUCGUUACAAAGCCCAACGCUGAAGCUGGCGGGUGCCAUGCGGACGGUGGGCUGGUUGAGGAGAGUGGCACCUGAUCUCGCAGACGACGAAUACAGUUCGUCCAAAGCGACGGCGACGUCGACAAAGUCUGUGAAUUUCUCCUCUGCUGCCACAAACAGCACUGGAGCUCUUUGCUCGUUGUUCCUGGUGUGUCGACUCCGGACGUUGAACAUCACACUAGAAGCGCUGGAACCACUGCGAGAGCUAGCAGACCAGGAGACUACACGAAGACUACAUUCGGCCAAUGGCGCCAGGUCAAAACAGCAACCACAAUCAAUCGCCCUUGGCAACCACAGCGAGCGCUAUCUCAAACGCUACAUCGAGAUCUUCCGCGAGCAAAGCUUCGCCAUAAUAAGCAUGUACAAAAGCAUCUUCCCAUCCGGCUUACCCUCCCCAGACCUCUCAGCCACAUCCUCGAAAGUGCUAGACGACCCGCUACUGCCGCUUCCAUCACCCCUGGCAUCAUUCACGAACCACUUGAUAACAAAAUUGACAACGACACUUCGAGCCUACCUUCCGAAUAUCACGGAUCCAACAUCCCGGGAGUCUCUCCUCACACAAAUCCUCUACUGUGCAGGAAGUCUCGGGCGCCUAGGAGCGGACUUCGGGCUGAUGAUCGCUUUGCUGGGCGAGGACGAUGGGUCAGCGGAGCACGAGUCGCAAGGCGGUAGGGAGGAUGAGUGGGUGCAAGUAAUGAAGAAACAUCGGAUCCAGGCGUCGCGACUCGAAGUGCUCGCUCGCGGCGUCGGGACUGGUGUGAGGAAGCGGAGUGCGAUAGAUAUUCCGCAGGCUGGCGACGUAGUGUCGCCCGCUGCAUAA